AAUGGUCAAAUGUUAAUAAAGCCAUUACCAAAAUAACUACCAUAUCAAAUUAUUCAUUGAAUGUGGAAUAAAUCUUUGUUAAACUGAUAGCAUCUUGUGUGCAACAAUGGAAGGGUAGUUCAACUCCCAUGCAGCAGCAGCAUCAGGUAGAAAUACACAAUGCUGUAUCUAUUCGCGUGGGUUUGACUUCGCAUAAGAAUUACGGAAGGUAAAGGUCUCCCCUCUCUGAGAGGUCGUUCGGAAUCCGAUACUCUGGGUUAUCUGAAUUUUAUGGUAUCCAAGUAACGAGGUUUCUAAAGGGUUUCAUUUAUAAAUCUCAUUUCAUUUCAUGUGAAAUAAUUUGUCUGAAUUUCAUUUCGGUGCAUAUCUGAGUGCAUAUUCCUGUGAUACGAAAAUCGCUCACCAAAAGUCGUCAGACAUGGCCGAGUUCUUCAAUGGGAUGGAAACUUAUGUGGAGGAAACCAGGAUUUUUGAAGCUCAACCUCGCGUACUGGACUUUGACUUGGUGCCCAUUUAUGAGACAAAGACGAAAUGGUUUCGCGUAUCUAACCGAGCAGAGACCUACAUGGAGGCGGAACUCAUUGUGUGCCACGAGCAGUGGCUCAGAGAUUUCCCACACUUGGUAAAAAUCAGUCCGAACGUUCUGAAACUCCAGCCAAACGAGUCCGUAAUGAUUUCCGUAUCCGUUCGCCCAACCAGAGCAAACAUCCAGAAUUUCUUUGUCAUAUACGAACCAAUUUUCAAUGGGGAAGUGGUGGACACGGUGCUGGACGGCGGUGGGGGUUAUGGCAUCGAGGUUCACGACAACGAUAUCCACAGCAAGCACCUGAUUGAUGUCACCUUCGUUGGGGAUCAUGCAAUUUUUGAAGUGACGGACGUUCUGUUCGUAGCAAAGCAUCCCGUUUGGAACGCUCAACAAUGUCGACACAUGUUUUCAAUGGACCUGUUGAACCAGUGCUUGAACCCGUACAGCCACACGGCAGGUGACGACGGCAGAGUUCCACUGCCUCCGAUUGUCCAAUUCCGAUUUCCUCCAGCCACCGUGGGGUCAGAGACCUCGGUUUUCCAAGUCCAACUAAAUAACUCCAUGGACCUUAAGGGCACUUGGGAGAUUUUUACAGCCCCGCCUCUCAACUGGCACAAACUACUGCAGAACAAACGCAAACGUCACAAAAGCCUGAGUUCGAGACUGAUCAUAAGUAAUGAGGGGCGUGUAAAAGAUAGUCCCGAGCUAUUGGCAGCGCUGUGGGCUCGGAAAUUUGGAUUCAGCCGAAAAACGGAUUGCAGCAAGAACCGGUAUCGCUCCAAAACGAAUAAAGAAGAAAUUGACAAGAAGCAAAAGUGCGAAAUCAAUGCGAAACUGGAUGCGGAGCUGUUUAAGAUUUCUCCCCUCCGUGGAAGUCUGAGUGGAAAAGAGACCAAGACAAUCACAUUCAAAUACAGCUUCGAACGGGCAGGUCAUCACCAGAUGAGCGUCUUGCUCCGUGUUUACCCUGCAAUCUACGUCUGGAUUGACCUCACCUCGCAAACGUUGGAUGUUGACGAACCGUUUAUUCAACUAAUGGAACACCGCGUCAUGAAAUUUAAGCCCAUUUCCGUUGAAGACUUGGACCCUCCUAUUCAGAUGUUGUGGGCGUACAAUGGUGGUAACAUUCCUGCUGGAUUCAGUGUGGACAUGGAACCUUUUCAUAAAUUGAAAAAGGAGAAUUUUGACCACGCAGCCAUCGAAUGUUUGACAUCAAGCGGCAUUGUCCCACCGAGAUCAUGGUUCCCAAUUAAACUUAGAUUUUCUCCUCUCGAGUUCACCGACUACUCCGUUCCACUCCGCGUGCAUCCAGAGUUUUCUGAAAAGCCGAUGGAAGUUGUCCUCAAAGGGAGCGCCUUGUUCGCGACGGCCACACGCUUGCGACCGGAUGCUGCCAUGUCCAAGUUAAAAUCCUUCGCAAUGACGGACGCCGUUCCGGUGACUCUGUCCCCCACACAAAUAUCCUUCCCACAUUUCGUUCCUACGAGCCAAAAAGCAACAAGUUGUAUUUUUCUUACUAAUUUGCAUGCCACUCAUUACAUGUCGUUCCGUUGGCCGGUUGUUCCAAUUGAAGGGGGAGGAACCAUUAGAUUUCAGCCGGAAACUGGCAAAAUCGCACCCAGCGGGAGUGUCACGUGUCUCGUCAUCGUUCAUGCUGGAAAGGUUCCAGUCACUUUCUCCACCAUGAUUCGAUGCAUGCUUGAAGAUGAGGACGACAAAUCCAAUUACAAUUUCGAAUUUAACCAGUGGAAAAUUAAGACCGAGUUCAUCGACACGUCGAAACCACGAGGAACACGACGACACCCACCGGUUAUCCCACAACAACCUACUCCUCCAGACCCAUUUAGCUGUCUUUUGGCUGUGUCCGUAUAUAUUGGAACAGUUUUCGGACUUUAUGACAUCAUAACGCCAAAAGAACGAUCCCGAAUGCCACACGUGGAUCCAGUCGCUGCAAAUCUGUCAAUUCCUUCCAACCCAGAUUUAGCGUCGGGUCUCAUACUUUCAAUGUUUGAGCGUGACAUGUGCGAAGAAAUCAUCUCCAAUCUUAUGCUAGACAUUGUGACAAGUCCAGGAUUCGAGUCCAGCGUUCGCAUAUUGACCAAGCGUCAACCACCGCUUUACGAAGAGUACAAGGAGAGGUGGGAUCAAGAAUCGUCACCCAACGACACUGCCGCCGCCACGACCGUGAGCGAAGCACCCGAACUCCACCAACAAGCAGUCGAGGAAAUCCUGGAAGCUGCCGUUUUUAACCUGAUUCAAGAAUUGAACUCCAACUACGUGGAUCCCGAGACACGAGACAAAUGGCAUGACCUCACGCCCGUUCAACCCACCGCGUUUGUCAACGUCAACGAAAAUAAGGAGUGCUUUUAGACAUAAAUGAAUUUACAUUUCCGUGAAACCGUAUUAAUGAAUAAUUUUCUCCCAGUUUAUGCACCACGACUAGAAAGUUCUUCAACACGUGUAAAAAAAUCCACAUUUGAUCUCGACAAAUUCUGAGUUCAACUUCAUUUUCGAACAGACAAUGGUAUUUACUUGGCGCAAUAUGUGUAUGUACGAGUAUUGAGUAUUUCACAUAAGCAGCUCCGACGUAAAUUUCCGAUAUUGAUAUCAGAAGUAGAUAGGCAGUUAUAUUUAGUUGAGAAGUGUGCAUUUCUUGGAAAUAUUUUUUUCUUCUUCUUCUUCUUCUCGAGUAAUGUGCUAUUGAAUCAUAAAGAAAAUAUAUGUAUGCGAUCCAGCUACAACAAUAA